AUUUUAUCAUUUUGUAUGAAUCUUGUGUAUUCUGUUUACUAUUUUUUUUAUAUUAGGAACAAGGAAGCCAUGGAUUCCCAAAUUGCAAAGAAAAAUCAAAGCCUCACCACAGCAGAGGAGAUGAGAAACCAGACCAAGCUUGUGAUGCAGCCGUACGCCAACUGGGAGGAGUAUCUGACUCCUGCUCCACUCUCCAUAGCCAUCCUGGGAGAGCUGGUCUUCAUCUCCUCUAAAACAGAUUUCUCCAUUAACAAGAACCCACCUAAAGAUGGCUACAAGUACAUCAGAUACCCAGAUUCAUUUCGUGCCUGCCUCAUGCAGGUGUGUAACUCCGGCUGGGGGGCUUUCAACGGGGCCCAUAAGAACAUGGAUCAGAUUAGACUCCACACCAUGGCAGUUCCAGAUUAUAUGAAGACGGCUGUGAAGAUCCUGUUUAAAGGCAAUGAUGAGGUUGUACAAGCCCACCUCCCUGAUCAGCUGGAGAACAUUCGUGUCAUUGCAGAUGACUGUCUUGAGUUGGCCAAUGCAACAGAAAAGCGGUUCACUGAUGUCAUCAAUAUUAUCCAAGAACUGCUGGAAGCAUGUGUAAAUGCUGAGCACUUUUAUGGGGAGGAGCUGGAUGCUGUCAAGAAAAAACUGGAUGAGGCCAAGAUGAGGAAAGAGUCUUCAGAAGAAGCUGCUAAACGCUCAGAGAAGGCAAUGAAAGCCAUGGAAAAGGAACUGAAGCAAGCACAUGAAAUUUACAACAAAGCAAUGGAUUCACUACCCAAUGGAUGGGACAUGAUGGGUAUGGAUCUUGUUGCAGGCUUGACUGAGAGCAUCAACACUCUUGUUGUUGGACUAACAACCAUGGAAUAUCAUCCGAAGAACCAAAUCUGUAAUGGUAAAAAACAAAUGUUUGGUCAGUUACAAAGGCCUUGUCAGUUACAACGGCCACAUUCUGCUGCUGAUAGUAUUGAUGAAAUCAAUAUUUAUAGCAAGUCUGCAGAAAUCCUAAAAUGCACAGAGAACAUUCAGAAGUUUGUGAAGGAGAACAUGAUUAACUGGAAAGACUUGUAUGAUCAAAAGAAUAAAGCUACAGUAACAGAUUUCCAGAAAGGACAGUUUACCAGAAUCAAGGAGAGUUUAAAAGAAAUCCUAACGGGCUAUGCAAAAAGCUAUGUGAUGAAGCUUUGUGAUGAAGGUAUUAGCAUCUGUGCAGAGCUAGCAAUGUAUGCACCAGAGGGGAAAUGUGAAGAUGCCAAAACAGAGGAGCUGAUCGAAAGGAUCAGAAAACUAACUGAGUCAGCUCGCAUUUUCGACAGCAAAAGUAAAGACAUCACAAAGUCUCCUGCCCUGGCACCCAAACCACCAAUGAUGUAUAAAGAAGAAAGUAAAUCUGAGACAAUGAGCGCUUCACAAAGGGCAUCAGACAAUGCUAGGUUCCGCAUAGAGCAGAGCCGCACUCAACUUGACAAGACCAGAGAGACCUAUGAGAAAAGUGUAGAGAACAUGGAGAAGAACCAAAAGGAGCUGACUGAUAUCCUGAUCACCAUGAGGAACUGUGAGGUCAAAGAGAUAGACUUUAACACCACCAUAAAAAUGCUGGUCAAAGGUAUGGAUGCCAUGGGGAGAGUGAAGGAGCAGUGGGAGAAGAUGGUUCGCUUCUUUCAGAUGGUUUCCAACAUUGUGAAAACCAGCCUGACCAGAACCCUUAAGGAUUUUGUCUCCACAUCUGAGAAGACACAAUCACUUUCAUACAACUCAAAGCUCUUCUCCAAGGAUCUGCUCUACAAUCAAGCCUUUCAAGCCACUAACAUUGCCAGCCUUGUCAACAUGAUUGCUACAACCUACACCGAGGUGUCCACCAAGCACCUAAUGGAUCGUGUCAGCUCUCUGGGGAAACUGAUGGCCAUGGACAAGGAAAAGCCAGAGUUUCAUUCUGAACGUCAGCAGUUACAGAAGUCCUGUGAUGAGGCUCAGAAAGCCAUCUUACGCCUUGUGCUCAAGAAUAAGGAUGAGUUUGAAAGGAAGAGUGAUGCAAGACUGGAGAAGAUUGACAAAGAGUUACUUGCCAUUCUUCCAGCUGCUGCUCCAGAAGAGACAAAGAGCAUUCAAGCAGCAGUUAAAAGUGGAUUCACAGAGGAAGAGGAAGAAGACUACGCCUGA